AUGGCAACGAUUAUCACUAUAUUAGGGAAGCCGCUCAGAUGGUCACCCUCGCCCUCACCCCGGGCUCAGAGGUUCCAUGACCAUCGAGACGCCCCGGAAGAAUCGAAGAACGCAAGAUCCGGCAUCAUGGGACGCACAUCUAUGGCAAACCUGGUACUUGUCGGAAUCCUCUCGCUUGUUGUGAGAGCAGUCUGUAUAUCCAGGCCUGUGCAGUAUUCAGAGAACGGCAAAAAAUAUGAGUGCAAGUGCUCACCUGCAGAUGAUUGCUGGCCCAAGUUGAACGCGUGGAACAAGCUCAACACCACCGUGGGAGGCAACCUUGUCAAACAUAUCCCGCCCGCUGCCGUCUGUUACAACGAAUUUCGCGGGAUCCCGACGUACGACGCCGCAAAAUGCGCCGAGGCAACAUCCAAGUGGACGGAUGAGAGAUGGCAUAUUGACAUAAGCCCGACUAGAAUCUCCCAACCAGCAUCGCAACUUUGGACUUGGGGAAGCAACAACACUUGCGAACUUACACAGGACCCCACGCGCACUUGUACGCUUGGCAAUUAUCCCGAGUAUGUCAUCAUUGCCAAGACGAAGCAGCACGUCAAGGCAGGCGUCGACUUUGCCCGGUCAAGAAACCUGCGACUUGUUAUCCGCAAUACCGGUCACGAUUUCGAGGGUCGAAGCACAGGCGCGGGUUCCUUGGCCAUCAACACCCACAACUUCAAGGAUAUCUCGUUCGUUGAUAGGUACAGGGGACCGGGAGGUUAUCAAGGACCUGCCGUUACCGUUGGCGCCGGUGUUCAAGGUUACGAAGUGUCUGAAGCCGCUCAUGCAAGGAACCCACCGCUGAACGUUCUCACAGGAGAGUGCGAGACCGUUGGUGUUGCCGGCGGCUUCCUUGGAGGAGGUGGCCAUGGCCCGUUGAGUGGUCAACAUGGCUUCGGUGCAGAUAAUGCACUGUCCUUCGAGGUUCUCACCGCUUCCGGAGAUUUUGUCACUGCCAACGCCAAAACGAACUCGGACCUAUACUACGCUCUCAAGGGCGGUGGUCCUGGUAACUACGCUGUAGUCUUGUCUGUAACUUUAAAGACUCAUCCUGACAGUAUCCAUGGUGCUGCAAUGUACCUAAACGUCAACGCUACCACGGGGGCAAACUUCGAUCAGGUUUUGAAAGCAGUUAGCAAGCUGCACGAGCUUGGUAACGAUAUGGUUGAUAACGGCCUCUACGGUAUCUAUGAACUGUAUCCUGCCGUCAUUGGUGGAGCACUCCACAUUCAACCUAUCAUGGGCAUGAACAAGACAGCUCAGCAGCUUACUGCCAUCAUGCAACCAUUCUUGUCAUAUCUCGAUUCCGAGCAGAUUCCUUAUGACCACGGGGUCAAGGAGUAUCCCAACUACUACACCCUCUUCCACGACAUUUUCGAACCUGAGGCCGCUGCCCAAAACGGUCUGACUGGAGGUUGGGUCUUCACUCACGAAGACAUGAGGACAAACCAAGCUGCCAUCAACGAUGCUAUCAAGUUUGCCCUUGCCCCUGCAAGCGACAAGUUUGGCAUUGUGAUCAGCCACUUUUUUGACCCAGGAUACAGCGUGAGGAAGUCGGAGAGCGCCACGCACCCUAGGUGGAGAGGUGCAACUAUGCGGACCAUGGCGAUUUUGCCCCAGCCUUUGGACGCGACCUGGGCCCAGAAGCUGGAGCUCAACGACUUGAUGGUCAACACCAUCACGGAGAAAUUCAAACAAGCCGCGCCGAAUGGGUUGGCGUAUGUCAAUGAGAACUACGCCUUCAUGAAGAACUGGCAAGAUGCGUUCUGGGGCCCGAUAUACCCUAGACUAGCAGCAAUCAAGAAGAGGUGGGAUCGAAACAGUGUCUUCUUCUCUUGGUCGACGCCAGGCAGUGAGGACUGGACUGUAAUCGACUAUGCGAAUAGGCUGUGCAAGGAGAAAUAA